AUGAAGUAUUUUGCGAUCGGGGCCAGGAUCAUCAAGGAACACCUCCUUGAUGAUGACCUGCGGGGUGCAUGGAACCUGCCCGAAAAACUGUCAUGGACCCUGCCCACAAAUCCCACAAUAGAGGCAGCUAAUGGAUACGUGCCGGUUUCUAACAUGGACCAACAAUUGGCAUUAAAGGCAUUGUUUCUCACUGCGAUCCGCUCAUUUCCAUACCUUUCUUAUGACAAACCGAAGCAGGACGUCCGAGGGGAAGCAACUGUAGCAAACGUCGACCCUGGGUUUGUAUAUCUGCUUCGAGCUGAGGCCAAAAGGCUCGGCCUCUCAUCGUCCAAAAUCGAAAAGGCAUUGACUGGACAAGAACCAACACCUAGGAGUAUAGAGAGUCGUGAUCAGGAAAUUUACUGUCAAUGGAAAUGUGGAAAGCCAAAUCUGCGUGCCUUUCAUGACCUUCAAAAGCAUGCAUUUCUUCCAGACUUGGCGUCGGUACAUGGGAAAGAUGGUCUUGUGCCAUUGUUUGUAUUUCGGGACUUUAUGGAAGCCUUCUUUGGGAACGACACAUUUAUGAUAGAAAUAGAGCCUCCGGAACAGGGUGCUACUGGUGAAAGCGCAUCAAGUUUGCCAGCAGGCGGAACCCGCCCGAAGGAUGUGCGUCGCUUGAGGAAGCAGCAGGGGCGUGACAUUAAACGACAAAAGCUGAUAGCAUCCCGCCAGCGACGUGCCGAUGCUAAAAUAUUGACAUCAAGGUCCGAGGCAAUCACUGACAGCGGCCCGAUGGAUGUUUAUCAAACCCCGGAACAGAGUGAUGGAAACACCUUGCCUUCGCCUACCGACAGAACACGGUCGAAGCAUUCGCCUCGCGUCAGACAGAAGAGACAUCACCCGUACAACCGGGCCGCUAAACAAGUGGCAUCGAUAUCGCACAUCCGCCAGCGACGCAGCAGGAGCUCAAAUGAAAUAGAUCUGAAUCAAGAAGAGAGAUCAAUGUCUGAGGCAGAAGCAGUUAUAACUGACAGAGAUCAGAUGCAGCGCUCCCCAGUAUACCGUCGGAAGUCAACGCAGGAGCUAGAAAACACUCGGCUCGGCAUAUCACCAAAACCGUCUAAAGUAACAAAGAAAAAGCCAGACAAGGGCAAGGGGAAGGGUACAGCUGAGUUUUUAGGCCAGUUGCUUUCAGAACUGCCUGGCUCAAGAAAAAAUCCGAGCCAGUCUGUGAUUGCUCAGCCGGCCGUGAGAAUUCAGCCUCCAUACAAACGGCCUGGAGGCUCCAGCACAGCGAUAGAGGAGAAUCCACGUAACAACCCACCAAAAUCCCCAUUCGUCGCACCUCCUGACCUAGGCCUGCCCAGUAUAGCGACGGAAGAGGAGAAUCCCCGCGACCGGCCAAGAUCGCCGCCACUCGUGGCACCUCCUAGCCCUCCCAACAGAACGAUUACGACUGCGGCAGUAGAGGUUGGUCAGUUUUCAGAAGCCGUUGCUUCAGCUGCCCUGGGAUUGCCUGAAUCGCAUACUGACCGGAGCCCCGGUAAAAAAAGGAUUGUUGGAACUGGGGUGAACACUAUGGAGAUUCGGCAGCCCGCUAGAACCGAACCUCCACUCAAACGCCCCAGGAUAGCAACGAUAGUGGCACCUCCUGGCAUAGCGACGGAAGAGGAGAAUCUUCGGGACCGGCGUAUAUCGCCGCCAUUUGUGGCACCUUCUACUCCAAGCCUGCCCAGAAUGGCGACGGAAGAGCAGAAUUCCCGUGACUGGCAAAGAUCGCCGCCAUUCGUGGCUCCCCCUGAUCCAAGCCUGCCCGGGGUGACGGAAGAGCAGAAUAUCCGUGACAGCCCGCAAAAGUCCCCACUCGCUGCACCUAGUCCAAACGCGACCGACCGACUACGUCGAUUGACAGCAGAAAGACGUCAACGCACCUAUCCAAAAAAGUCGGCGACGCAAGCGGGAGCUUCCCAUCAAGCCACCCACGUUGUGUCUUCAGACCCGGGCAACGGACUCAUCAUUAAUGAAAUCGAGGCCAAGUAUCCUUGGAAGCCGGCAGCGGUCUCUGGUUCCCGGUGA